AUGUCUGCAGAAGUCGCCACUCAAUCUCGUCCAGCCACCACGGAAUCUGGUCGUGGAACAGGCAAGCGAGCAAACAGAUCUCGCGGAGGGAACAAUAAUAAUCGAGAAUCUAAUCGGAAUUCUCGCCCAGCCACCAAUACGAAAGGGAAAGAAGUCGUCGUUGCGGAAGGCGAGAAUAGUCAGGUACCGGUCAAACAACUAGCGGCCGUGGCCCUAUCCGAAGAUGGGGAUGUGGAAAUCUGCUUCAUUUGCGCUGAACCAGUCAAGUACUAUGCCGUUUCGGAAUGCAAUCACAGAACCUGUCAUAUUUGCGCCAUUAGAUUGCGGGCAUUGUAUAAAAAGAGAGACUGUACUUUCUGCAAGGAACCUCAAAACCAUGUCAUAUUCACGAAAUCGCGCGAAGAUCCCUAUUCGUCAUUCACACCUGAAUCAAUUCCAUUCAAGGAUGCCAAACUAUCAGUAUCGUUUGAGACCCAGGAGAUGAUGGAAGAAACCCUUGUUUUGUUGAGAUUCACUUGCGCCGAUGAUGAAUGCGAUUAUGUUGGGACAGGAUGGGGCGAUCUCAAGCUACACGCACGCGCAAUGCAUGGGAAACUGAUGUGUUUCCUGAACUACGAGACUCUGGAACGGCAUUUCAACACUGCUCAUUUUGCGUGCACUCAAACUGAUUGCCUAGCGCGAAAGUUCGUCGUGUUUAACACUGCUCUCGAUCUCAAAGCGCAUAUGGUGGAGGCUCACGGUGGGGAGAUGUCGGCCCGAGACAAAAAAGAUGCUAGGAGAAUUCAAGCAGAAUUUGCUUUCGAAGAAGUUGGAUAUGGAGGACGACAUGGUAGACGAGACAGAGAUCGCGAUCGCGAACCUCCACCGCAACAACAACAACCGCAACCCUCAACUUCAGUUCCUCCGCGCCCGGCCGCAGGGGGCAACAGAAGGAGGGAUGGGUUCGGAGGGGCCCUUACCACUGAAGCUGGACCUACCCCUGCUCAAUCCAGACAGCCUCCACCACGUCCUGAAACUAGACCCUCAACCCCACAACCUACCCCGGAAAGUCUUGAUCCUGCCAAUCUAGAGCGCCAUGGCGCAUUUUUAACCCGUUUAAACACACUAGCACCCAAUCCAACGACAGCGAUUCCAGCAGUUAGAGCUGCAACGCGUGGUUAUCGAUUCUCAGAGACAAGUGCCCGCGAUUUGAUAUUGACUGUGUGGAAUGUCUUGGAUAGGAAUCUCGAGUACACCGCCAGCAUCAUUAACGCUUUUGUCGACCUCCUGGAUGAAGAGGAAAAGAAACGGGACCUGCUGGAAUCAUGGAAUGGAUUUGCCAUUGAGCAACGCCGACAAUUUCCAGACCUCGUACCUGUUUCUUUCGGGACAGGGUACGCAGGUAUCACCUCCGGCCGCGUCUUAAACGCCAAACACUCGACAGCAGCACGUUCUUCUCAAAGCCAACAAGUCUGGAACCGUGUGGCAUUAGCUGCCAAUAAUGCAGCUCCCGGAUCAUCCACUGGUGCCCCACGUCCCAAACUUUUGACACCUCAAACCUCACAAGAACGUUUCCCAGCGCUUGGCGGUGGCGCUUCUACCAGCGGUGGUGCAGGCGCAGCUUCGUCAUCGCAGCCCCUUGCACCCUCCUUCCGCCAGGCUCAGCGCACGACACCGUGGUCCGGAAGCUCAGUGCAGCCCAGUACUCUGCGGUCACAGUCAAACCCUGGACCGACCUCUGUGAAUAUGCGAGUGUCGAAGAGUGCCGGUUCCAAACAACCCCCGCCGCCGAAGUUGUCGAGUGCGCUGUUCCCGGAGCUGCCGAGCUCGGCGAACUCUCGGAGUAAGCCACAGGUCAGCGGUAAUGUCUCUCUGAAGAAUAUUUUGGGCUCGUCGGGAGUCCCGGCUGUCGCUGCUUGGAGUUCGGGCUCAGGUGGGGGUGCAGGUCCUACUACACAGACAGAAGGUGAAGGCAGUGCUGCUCCUGGUACAAACUCUGCAGGUCCUGGAGAUGCUGCCACCACUGGGGGAGGGGCAGGAAAAGGAAAGAAGUCGAAAGGGAAGCAGAAGCAGACACUCUUCACUUUGGGAUCUUUCCCUACGUAA